AGGGGGCGUGGCCUCGCGCUGUCAUGGCGGCGCCCACGGUGGACGCCCCUCAGGGGGUCCCCGACCCCCCCGGGACCCCUCAGGACGCGGCCCCGGAGGAGCCCGAGGAGCUCGAUUUCCCCCAGUACGAGCUGGGCCGCCCCCCCCGCCAGGUUUGGGGGGCGCGGGAGGAAUUCGCGCGGCGCCCCGAAAAUUUCCUGCGAGGCUGCAAAUGGGCCCCCGACGGCUCCUGCGUCCUCACCUGCAGCAACGACAACGCCCUGAGGAUCUUCGACCUCCCCUUCCCCCCGGGACCCCCCCCGGGGGCGCCCCUCCCCCAGCUGGUCCCGGCCGUGCAGGUGGCCGAAGGUGACACCAUCUACGACUUCACCUGGUACCCCCUGAUGGACUCCAGCGACCCCCCCAGCUGCCUGGUGGCCGCCAGCAGCCGGGACAGCCCCGUGCACCUCUGGGACGCCUUCGACGGGACCCUGCGGGGGUCGUUCCGUGCCCACAACCACCUGGACGAGCCGGUGGCCCCCCACUCGCUGGCCUUCGCCCCCGACGGCUCCCGGCUCCUGGGGGGCUUCGAGGGCGCCGUGCGCGAGUUCCCGACCGAGCGGCCGGGCCGGAGCGGCCACGAGAGGAGCCUGCGGCAGGGCGGGGAGGGCCAGCGAGGCCUGAUUGGCUGCCUGGCCUUCAGCCCCAGCCAAUCGCUGUUCGCCUGUGGCUCCUAUGGGCGGAGCCUGGGGCUGUACCCAGUGGAAGGGGGCGGGGCUGUGGCGUUCUGGCCCCGCCUCCCGGCCGCGCCCACUCACCUGCGCUUCAGCCCCUGCGGGACUCACCUGUACGCCGGUGGGAGGAAGGACAGCCACAUCCUGUGCUGGGACCUUCGUGUCCCCGAGCGUCCCCUCCUGGCGCUGCCGCGGCGCGUGGCCACCAACCAGCGCGUGACCUUUGACCUCGACCCGUCGGGGCGGUUCCUGGUCAGCGGUGACACCGAUGGCUUUGUCACCGUGUGGGACACGCUGGCCCCCCCCGGCCCGGGGGACCCCCCCGAGCUGCCCCCCCUGCUUCGCUUCCGCGCCCUCCGCGACUGCGUCAACGGCACCAGCCUGCACCCCGGGCUGCCCCUGCUGGCCACGGCCUCGGGCCAGCGCCUGUUCCCGGCGCCCUGGGACAGCGACGGUGACAGCGAGGGCACGGAGGAGGGGCCAGCCCCGGGAGGGGACAUCCGGCUGCAGCUCUGGUGGUGGGGACCCGAGGACACCGGGGACACCGGGGACAGCGGGGACAGCGGGGACAGCGGCCGGGACCCCCCCGGGGACAGCGGGACCGGCCAUUGUCACCUCCCCGGGGACACCGAUUGUCACCUCCCUGGGGACACCGGGAGCGGCCAUUGUCACCUGUCUGGAGACACCGAUUGUCACCUGUCUGGGGACACUGGGACUGGCGACUGUCACCUCCCUGGGGUCACCGAUUGUCACCUCCCCGGGAACACCGAUUUUCACCUGUCUGGGGACACUGGGACUGGCGACUGUCACCUCCCUGGGGUCACCGAUUGUCACCUCCCUGGUGAUUCUGGAACUGGCAAUUGUCACCUCCCUGGGGUCACCGAUUGUCACCUGUCUGGGGACACCGGGACUGGCGAUUGUCACCUCCCCGGGGUCACCGAUUGUCACCUCCCCGGGGGACACCGGGAGCGGCCAUUGUCACCUCCCCGGGGUCACCCGUUGUCACCUCCAUGGUGAUUCUGGGACUGGCGAUUGUCACCUCCCCGGGGUCACCGAUUGUCACCUGUCUGGUGACACUGGGACUGGCGAUUGUCACCUCCCCGGGGACACCGCGUGUCACCCCCUUGGGGACAGCAGCCAGGACACCACGACCGUGGACACCGAGUGUCACCCUGCUGCUGUCACCGAUCGUCACCCCCUCGGGGACAACGGCUGUGACACCCUCGGGGACACCUGGGGCCACCCCACCUGUGGGGACGCCGAUUGUCACCCACCCCAGGGACAGUGACUGUCACCUUUGGGACCCCAGCUGCCACCCUGGGGACCCCAAGUGUCACCCCCAGGCCUCGGCUGUACUAAAGACGUUGUGACUGUCA